AAAACUGCUUUUACGCGAAUUUUGAGCACACACGGAUUACUAUUUAAUAGUCAUUUAUUCGGAAACGUCCGUUAGUUGACCUUUUAUUGGAAUCGUUCAACUGAAAAUCACUGGGAUAUUGGCAACGAAAAUGAACUGGAAACGGCGCUUUAGUUCCGCUUGUGCUCACGAGUUUUUGAAACCACCUCCGGUGCGCAUCCGCACCUGGUCGGAUUCCGUUGCCGAAGUGGCUACCGCCGAAGAAAUGGCUGAUCGGGACUCGGAGCUGGCCGAAGCCCAUCGACGCCGCAGUUCGAACGCCAGUAUUGGGGCUGGUAGCAGGGAAAAUCAGCAUCACGUGACUGGUUUUUUGGCUUCCCAAACUUUGGCUCUUUUUCUCGCUGUGCCUAACAUUCAGUCCAGCAGCAACACUUCCGUAAGAUAUGACGACUUGAGCCAGUCGGGAACUUCGCUGCUAGAAAACGAUGUCGAUGACGAGAAACUUGUCGACGUCCAUUGCAACAAACUAAGCCGAAGUAGUUCGCUGCGCCGUUCUAGUGAUCAAAACUCGUCAGCCUCUUCAACUGUCUCUUCAAAGCCUUGGCGUCGUUUUUCUGAAAGAUUCAGUGGUGCCACGUUGAGUGCUGCGAUGGCGUCUGCUACGAAACUAAGGAGAAAUACAGUCGUCGCAGUGUCAACCGGCAAGCUAGACCAAGUGUCUGUCGAGGGCCGUGCUGCACAGUCAGAGGAUUCAAUGACGAUAGAUGAACCACUUAAUAGUCCGCUUUCUAGUAGCACUAAGGAAAACAAUCAGUUGUCUUCGACUGUAGCUGACACACCGAAAAAUCACCAACUGAAAAAGUUUAGUCAGAGCACUCCAGCUUUGCCGCAACUUCAUUAUGAUCUCCAAGAUCUUGGUCGAUCCAAGUCAAAACAAAAAAAGUUCCUUCGUCACUUUCCUAACGUUCCCAGAGAUGAACGCGUCCUCAACCAUUAUUCUUGUGCCUUGGUUGGUGACAUCCUCCUUCAAGGACACUUGUAUGUCACAUAUAACUACUUUGCAUUUCACUCUAAUGUCUUUGGCUAUGUCCGGAAGAUACUUAUUCCUAUGGCUGAUGUUCGCAAAAUAACUAAGGAAAAAACAGCCAAAUUCUUUCCAAAUGCCAUAGCCAUAACAACUGCUACAGAAAAGCACCUUUUCAGUUCUCUCAUGUCUAGGGAUGUUGCCUACAGGCUGGCAUUGAGUGUUUGGAAGAAAUUUCACUUUCCUAAUCGCAUGGGAGACUGCAUAGAUGGAGAAAGGGAAAAUGAGGGUUCAUCUUUAAAUGGUGAACAUUCAAGUAAUGAAUCCUCACAGAAUUCUGUUGAAGGUCUGAUAAUUAGUCAGCACACUGCAAGCAGCGGUGUGCAAAUCACCACAGCAACGGAAGAGACCACGUCCGAUCCCGAUGAAAACAGUUCUGCUAUAGACCACUCGUAUUCUCCUACACCUGAUCGUGAUGAUGUGAAAGAUGGCAAAGUUUCUACUGGGUCUCCUCCAAUUGCGAAAUCGAGGAGAAGUUUCCUUGACUUUUUCUCUUCUCGUACGUCUUUUGUCAAUGAAGACGACGAGAACAAAGACGACCCUGCAACUUCGGAUGAUCUCGGCGUGGUUUGCGAUAACAGUUCUUCGCUCUUCAAAAUUCACAAUAGUCCCCUUGAAUUAAGUUGGGGUUGCAGUGGUAUCUGUUUUCUUCUAGUCAUCCUGUGCCUGUCAGCUGGCGUUCUGUGGUAUCGAAUAUUUCUGCUGCAUUCUCACCUUGAGCUGAGACUGUCGCCAGAAACAACUGGAGAACUCAACUCCCCUGUGUCGUCUCUCUACUCUCCUCAGAUGCAAGAACUAGUCGACAAUUUGCACCUGCUGUUGACUUCUCGUACGACUAACGAGCAAAGGGAACGGUCUACCGUCACGUAAAAAAAAUUUGGCUUUGCAAAGGCUUACCGUGAGCUGCUUGAGUGAUCGUUGCAAACAAGGCUUGUCCUUCACUUAAUUUCCUUUUUCAAUGGACACGGUGUAUUAGCCAAGGAAUCCCCACCAACACACCUCUCUGUUUCUCUCGAAUAGUCUCGACAUUUUUCUUUCUUCGAAAAUCGCUAAUUGAAAAUAUUCAAGUCUCGAAUUGUUAUUCACAUCAUAUCUUUAUGUUAGCUAUUUCAAAUCUUACUAUUAAAUUAUUUCAUAAGAAGAGUAUAUUAUUGUACAUCAAUGAAGGAUAUACCAUAUUUUCUUUUUAUGUUCUUAGAACUCUUCGGAUGAUUAAUGACAUUAGUCACCCAUUAUUUACAUAUCCGACAUUCCGAGUGAUUUCUUUUCUUUCUCUAUCGUCUAUAGUUCUAGUCCAGACUGUAGUCGACAGAUGAUAAAUCGACUGUGUAAAUUGUUAUACGAGUAACAUCAUCACCUGCCUUAUAAUUAUGCCUCGAAAAACAUGAAUUUUAUGUUAUUAAGUUGUUUCCAUGUAGCAAACUUCGUAUCUAAAUUUGUUAGUUUCCCCCCCGUAAGCUUAAAUAUCAUGUUUUGGCAAACCGCAAGAAAUAAAGGAAACAGGAUGUGGACAA